AUGGCAGUUCCUGACGCCCAUAUCAAUAUUCACUUCAAUUUGAACUCUAUCUCAUCUUAUGAUCUCUUGGAUCAUAUCAGUGAUCCACCCUAUGAUUUCUUAUCGCCUCCCCAAUUCGAGGCCCCUCUAGUCCCCCCUGAUUUUCAAUGGCACCAAGUUGAGUCGGUAUCAACGUGCAUACCUUCCCCUCAAGAAUCAGCGUCUUCUUCAUAUGCUUCCACUUCCUCUACAUCAAGUAUAAAUUCCCCAAAAUUGACUUCCGAACUUCCCUUUCCAUCGUCCUUUCCUUCCUCCGCAGCUCUUGCGAGCAUGCCUAUACCAUGCUCUCGUGGCUACUCCCGUAGCAAAGACCCAGAUCACGUCCCACGUCCGCGAAAUGCUUUCAUGCUCUUCCGCUCAGCCUUUGCCGCCGCACAGAAAAUCGGAACGAAUAUUGAGCGUGACAAUCGACACAUCACCCGCAUAAUCGCGCACUGCUGGAAUCACCUCUCUGAGUCAGAGAAACAGGUGUGGCGUAACAAGGCUGCAACAGAGAAGGCCGUUCAUGCCAUAAAGUACCCAAAUUACAGGUUUCAUCCUGUCCUACGCGCCAAAAAGCCUACCAAACGAAAAGUUCAGAGGAAUGGUACGGAAGACAAGAAACGCUGCGAGCAAGUCGCCGAACUGCUUCUUGCAGGCAAGCAUGGCGAAGAACUCGAGGUCGCAGUCAAGGAAAUCGACGACACUAUGAAAGUAACAACUUUCAUAUCAUCCCCUGGUUCAAGAAGUGGGUUAGCAUCCAAGGGCAUAGAACCUUGUGAAGGUGACUUGGACGGAUGCGAGAUACAACCAUUCCGCAGUCCUCUUUUGCCACCUACUACCAAGUCUACUGGUCCUUCGAUCUACGACAUUGCAGGUGCCACUCAGUUUUCUCCACCGCUUGCUACGAUUAAGACCAUACCAAAAUCCUACGAUUGUAGCGAGCAGCUUUACCAAGCGCCGUAUGACACCAAUCAACCAACAUCGAGUACCCCGCCAGCGCAUCCAUUGCUCCUUACCCAGCCCGAUUUUCAUCCUCUGCACCAAAGCUCCAGGCUCUCGCCACUGCCCGUGCCACUUUAUAGCGAACCCUCAACCUUGUUCAUAAACUAUGACGACGAUAAUAUCUCCGCAUUCACACCCUCCCCUCCAGACUUCUCUGACUUCUCAUGGGACACAUUUUCAACCUCGUGCUAUAGUACUCAUUCGUCUCACUCGUACGCAACUUUUCCAUCCUACUGA